GAUUCCGAUAUAGUCGACUUGUACCCUUCACUCCGCGAACCCGUGCUCGGACUGCCCCUCUUCGGUACCGCAUCGCCUAGGCCCGGCCAGGCACUCGAAGACUUGCAUCCUCCGCCAUGCCGGGCUCGACGACCGCGCCCAGGCGUGCCGGGCCUCCGCCUCCACCGCCGCCUCCAAGUUCUGAUGACGCAAAGGGGGGGAAGCGACCGCUUCCACACAUCGAAGACAUCACCUCCGUCACAGUAGACCUUGACCCGCAUGCGCCCAUCGAGAAGGUCCUCCAGACAGCAGAACUCUGUCUACGGCAAGCUGAGUCGUCCAAGAGCUUCGGCAGGCCCGACUUUGCCCUCAAAGACUACAUACGGACCAACAUUAUCCUCCUCGACGUCAUCAAGAAGAACAAGGGGUGGGUGUCGCUGCAUAGCGAUAAUAGGUCGCAGUUCGAGCGCUACAAGCGGCUUAUGCGUCAUGUGGAUGCCGUCCACAGCGACUUUGAGGCUCUAAAAGCACAAAUAAAAACGGACAAUGCUAGAACGGGUGUCCAGCCUACCACCCGUCGACCAGAAUCCGCGGGGAAGGGGACCGCGAACGGGGAGGGGAGAGGGAACGCUGCGAAUGGGGCCCUCGAGGUCAACAAGCCUCCGGUAUCCUCUCCGCCCAAAAACAAGCCCGUCGUCCACCCAAAGCCCCAGGGCCUCCACGGUAAUGCGCUGCGCCCGGCCACAGCGGGAACCCCAAUCAAGGACCAGGACCUUCACCAGCGCUUCGAAAAACUUCGCGCGCGCAUAGGCAACGCUCCCCAAGGCCCCAACCACGCCCGAACACAAUCGGCCGUGUCGUCGAGGUUGUCAGGGGGUCACAACCCCCCAGAAACGCCGACUCGAAACGCGCCAGUAAACGGGGCAAUCGCUGGGUUGCCCAGGAUGCCUGACGCGAUUUACAACCCGCCACGAGGAACUAUCUCGAGCGAAACGGCUGCUCUGCCCUCGAGUGCUCCCCGUGCUAUGUUUACGAGGACCAACUCGGCUACAGCUCUAAAUCCGCCCAAACAUGUCAGGCCAACCCGGCCCCUUGGUACCUCUACACCAGCUCCGAAUUCCGUGCCCGCAAAUGCUCCGGCGAAACGGACCAAGCUAUCCGUCCCAGACGGCAACACAAUAUCUGUUAAAGAUUUACUUCAGUUUAUGAGGGCCGGAGCCAAGGACUUUUCGAUUCUACUCAUUGAUAUCAGGAGCCGCGAGGAAUUCGAUGAUGGUCACAUCAUGUCACAGGCUACUAUAUGCCUAGAGCCCGAGGUGCUCGCGAGGAACCACAUCUCUGCGGAUCAGGUCGCAAAUAGCAUGGUUCUGGCUCCGACGUCAGAACAUCUAUUCUUUGAAAAGCGCCAUGAGUUUGACUUGGUGGUGUUUUACGACCAGGACUCCGAACAGAUCGUUCCUAGGCCGCAAACCCUCGAAGAGAAAGCCGCAUGUGGCCUGUUCAAUGCUCUUACCCAGUACGACUUUACGGGCCCAUCAGGUUUGCAAGUUUCCCCCAAAUUGCUGCGCGGAGGCCUGGACGCGUGGACUAGUCUGGUCGGCAACGCGAGUCUUCAAACGUCUUCAGCACCUACAUCGAAGAGGCACACGGCGAGCCCCAUGGCACGUUCAUUCCUAAACCCGCGCACAAAGUAUGUGACUCGGCCGAUCCAAGAUCCGGCAGAGGCCAAACGAUGGGAAGAAACGAUUGGAGAUGCCGGGGCGAUAUCCCCGGUCAGAACCACCGAGGAUUUCCUUCGCCGGUUCCCUUCCAUUUCCGAACACCACGAGUCGAUGGUGUCUCCUAUCAGUCCCCCAACAAGUCGGCCGCAGAGUCCUUUCCAUCAUCGUUUAUCACACGAAGAGAACCUCUACACCUCGCUCCCGUCGCCACCCGCGCGCCCACCGCCGGCACUUCCGCGAAGAAGCUACAGCGGGCUUGCCGAGGCCGAGGACAGCUCUGUCAUUUUGGCCAAGAAGUCCGGCACCCAAACCGUCGAUACGGUCCGGAAGCACCGAACAGGCCUGCAGAACCCGGGCGUCUUCUGCUUCGCGAACAGUUCCUUGCAAGCCAUGUUUGCCACGCCGGGCUUCGCGCGUGAGGUGUGGACCGGCGAAUGGAAGGAUGCGUACAGGGUGCCCAUGAAGCCGGAUGAGAACCUUGACAAUCCCCAGUUCCUCAUCAAGUGCCUGGCCAAUCUUUUCCAUUGGCUCAACCAAGGGUCGUUCCGGUCUCUUGCGGCCAAGACGUUCAUGGAGUACAUCCACUUUAUUCAUUCCAAGGGCUCGGACGGUAGAAAGAAGCCGGACGGCGACAUCUUUGGUGGCUGCUCGCAGCAAGACGCUCAAGAGUUUUACUCUUUUAUCAUGGACAAUAUCCACGACGAGACCAACGUCCGCCGCGACAGAAAGCCCCCCAAAGAGGAAAAGCCGUACACACCCAAGAACGGCACCAUCAUCCAAAAUGCCGUGGACUACUGGCACGAUUACUCCAAAGCCAGCGCAUCUGUCGUGGACAAGUACUUCCGCGGGCUCGAGGUGUUUAUCUCACGGUGCCACAACAACGCCUGCCGGCAAGAAAUCCGCCUCUUUCAGCCGUGCGACGUCUGGAUCCUCAACCUCGCCGGCAUGGACGACCCGACGGACCUCGACAGCCUGCUCGCCAACCACCAAACCUCGGAGCACUUCCCCGACCUGAUCUGCGAGACGUGCAACAAGCCCGGGCGCACGCGCAAGGCCAAGUUCGCGCGGCUGCCCGACCGCCUCGCCUUCUGCCUCAACCGCUUCAACAGCGCCGGCGGCGGCGGCGGCGGCGGCGGGUUCAGCAACCGGCUCAUGUCGUCGGGCAAGAUCCACUCCAAGGUCCGCUUCCCGAUCCGCGACCUCGACCUCACGCGCUACUGCGCCGAGCCCGACCCGGACAUGGCCACCACCGACGACCGCCACUUCGCCGGCAGGAUGCGCUACGACUGCUACGCCGUCACCGUCCACGUCGGCCAGGGCAUCAACGGGGGGCACUACUACAGCUACGUCCAGGACGAGCUGUCCAAGGACCCGACAGAUUGGUUCCGCUGCAACGACGACGUCGUGGACCGCGUCAAGAUUGGUAACGCCGGCCAGUCUGGGGACGUGACCGAGGCUAUGUAUCAGAGUGGGAAUACGUCGGCGUAUAUGGUUUAUUAUCGGCGGAGGGGGACGUAGGGUGGCGGUGUGGGUGGAGGGGGGGUGCUUUUUGGAUAGACGGAGUAAGUGCGAUUAGCGAUUAGCUGGAAGAGGCGCUUCAUAUAGAUGGGGAGCGGGCUUUCUGAGAGGGGUUGAAGCUAAGAAGAAAAGGGAGUUAAUGACCGGAAUGCGUUAUGAGAGAGGUUGGGGAAGCAAGGCGCCCGGGACAGGUUCGUCUCCAAGCAUUGUUAUCGAGAUACCAUUGCAUUAGUUCCAUCAUAUCAUCAUUAGUUCAUCAAGUUUGAUACCUAAGUUUUCAGAAAUAUUUUGUCCCAGAGCAGCGUGCAAGAUUGUCCAAGAUGGAGAAGUAGUUCCAGUUCGAGAUCCCCAACGCCGCCGCCCAAGUGCUUGUUCACCCUACGCCCGGCCCAAUUCCAAGACGACAAACACAAGGUAGAAUGCUAAUAAAAUCAC